UCUGACCUGGCAAAUGUUCUUCCGGAUGAAUGGAAUACAAAUUCCCGCCGCAGGAACUUUUCCCAGAUGAGCGGAUGCUGUCGCGGCUGCAAAGGAGGGACCAAAUCAAAUCCCGACUUUUGUCGCCGGACACAACACUUGGGCAUUUCCGGCUUUGAGGUGACACGUGAAGGACGGCGCCGUAUGUCUCCGUUCAGCAGACUAACCCUUCACUUCAUUGGACCAACGUGAGCGCUCCGAAUAUCCCAUUUGCGCGCUGCUAAAAGCGACGGAUUUGAUUUGUCAUUGAUCGGGCCUUUGCGCAAAUGUGAUUUCAUUCUCACAAAAGCAUACUGACACUUGAUCGGGCUCAAGGUGCUACAGUAGUAAAAGCUUGCUGGCUCAAACUGGACUUGAAAGCAUCUGUGUGGAGUUUACAUGUUCUCCUCAGUGCUUGGGUGGUUUUUGUCACGGUCGCUCCUCACACAUCCAAAAAGCCUUCUUUCAAUCGGGCAUCUUCUCCUCGUGUGUCCCAAUAACACCACUAGACGCUCAGUGAAGGGUUAGGGCUUUAUGUCCCUCAGCGGGGUCACCCAGGGGCACUUAGGUCCUAGGCGAGGGAUCAGACUAGGACCCUGCUUGGUCCCUACACGACCAGUGUCAGAGUUUGGGCCGCAUUGCCAGCAGUAAGUCGGAGCUAUUGUGGGGGUCCGGACUAUUGCGCUUCCGCUUUUUGCAGAUCGAUGUGGUUCUCUCUCGGCUUCGACAAGCCGCAAUGUUCAACCGCACGUCGAACCGGGAUGGGACGACAAUCAGACUUGGACAUCUGCUUAGCGUGGCUCUCGGUGAGGUGUUUUGGGCAAGUCUCCGGGCUAGACCCAGGACACGCUAGGGAGACGAUGGAUGGAUGGAUGGAUGGAUGGAGAGGUUGUGAUCCUGGAUAAAUUGACCAUAGUUGUGCUUGUGCCCGGUUAUUCACUAACGACCAUUUCACAUUUGCAAUUUGAUCGGCUCAGCUCACCUGGGUAUAGAAAAUAGCGGAUACAGAGGCUAAAGCGAACUAAGCGUCCGCUUUGGACUUCGGGAAAUCAAGUCAUUGCAGUGUCAAAGAUCCUCUCUGAUAUCUCUCUCUUACGGGAAUCCAGGUGUCGAAACAGGCACCGCCCACUGCUCCCGGUGACACCCCCCCCCCCCAAAAAAAAAAAAAAAAAACCAGCCCCUCCCCUCAUGAAGCUGCUCCCCCGGCUGACUUUUCAGUCCGGUGGCCCAGCAGAACUCAGCGGUCAUGGCCGGUGGUAGUCUGAGCGAGCACGGAUCCCCAAAGCGCGCAUACGCGUCCAACAACGCGAUUCCGGUGCCGAUCGUCACGCGGACGGACUCGAGGGACAAAUGGAGCAAAAAGAUGGACUUUCUCUUGUCUGUCGUGGGCUUUGCUGUGGACCUGGGAAAUGUGUGGAGGUUUCCUUACAUUUGUUACCAGAACGGUGGCGGAGCUUUUCUCAUCCCUUAUCUGCUGAUGGCCAUCUUCGGCGGGGUGCCGCUCUUCUACAUGGAGCUGGCCCUCGGGCAGUUCCACAGGACCGGCGCCAUUUCCAUAUGGAAGCACAUCUGUCCCAUUUUCAAAGGUAUCGGCUACGCCAUCUGCGUCAUCGCGCUGUACGUCUCCUUCUACUACAACACCAUCAUCGCCUGGGCCCUCUUCUACUUCUACUCGUCCUUCUCAACCAUCUUGCCCUGGACGAACUGCGACAACGCGUGGAACACCGACAACUGCACCAAUUAUUUUGGCACGGACAACGUCACCUGGACAAAUUCUUCCCGAUCUCCGGCAGAAGAAUUUUACACGAGGAAUGUCCUCGAGAUCCACGAGUCGUCGGGUCUGGCGAACGUGGGAGGUGUUCGCUGGCAGCUGACGCUCUGCCUUUUUCUCAUUUUCACCAUCGUCUACUUCAGUCUCUGGAAGGGGGUGAAGACUUCCGGAAAGGUUGUAUGGGUGACCGCCACUUUGCCCUACAUUGUCCUUUUCAUCCUGUUGAUCCGGGGGGCCACUCUGCCAGGAGCUUGGAGAGGGGUGGUGUUUUACCUCAAGCCCAAUUGGGAGAAACUACUGGAGACGAGCGUGUGGGUGGAUGCCGCCGCUCAGAUCUUCUUCUCGCUCGGUCCGGGCUUCGGGGUGCUCCUGGCGCUCUCCAGCUAUAAUCCUUUCACCAACAACUGCUAUCGUGACGCCAUCGUGACCAGUUUGGUGAACUGUCUGACCAGUUUCGUGUCAGGGUUCGUCAUCUUUACGGUGCUGGGUUACAUGGCGGAGAUGAGGAAAGUGAGGGUCGAGGAUGUGGCCAGAGAUAAAGGACCCAGUUUGCUCUUCAUCACGUACCCCGAGGCCAUCGCCAACAUGAUGGGCUCGACCUUCUUCGCCAUCAUAUUUUUCGUGAUGAUGAUCACUCUGGGGCUGGACAGCACGUUCGGCGGGCUGGAGGCGAUCAUCACGGCUGUGUUGGACGAGUACCCUGAUCAUUUCGCUCGAAGACGUGAACUUUUUGUCCUUUGCUUGGUGGUGGUCUGCUUUCUGGGCUCUUUGAGUACUCUGACCAAUGUAGGUUUUUUUCCUCUUCUUGACCGCUUGCUCAUCCUCUCGUGGAGAUGCUAUAUUUUAGCACAGAAUUGGAAUGGGCAGGAAACAAACCAACAAACAACUUUAACGUGGGAUGAAUGGCAGGGUGGCGCCUACGUGGUGAAGCUGCUGGAGGAGUUUGGCGUCGGAUGUUCCAUCAUCGCAGUGGGAUUCCUUGAGGCCAUCGCGGUUUCCUGGUUCUACGGCGUCAACAGGUUCAGCAAUGACGUUCAAGCCAUGCUGGGCAAAGCACCGGGACUGUUCUGGAAAGUGUGUUGGGUGGCCAUCAGUCCAGCCUUUCUGGCGUACAUCAUGGUGAGUUCGUUACUGAGAGCGCCGCUGCUGACAUUGUUUGAGUAUAAAUAUCCCGACUGGAGCAUCUCAGUCGGAUACAUCAUUGGCUUUUCAUCCUUAAUGUGGAUCCCCAUUUACAUGGUGUACAAGAUGGUGUGGACACCAGGAUCUCUUAAACAGAGGUUGGCAGUGUGUCUGAGACCGGAGAGGACCUUAGCAGACAUUCACAGCGACAGCCUCAACAUGGCCAUCGACCCGUAGAAAAAGACACCAGAGGAAAAGCACCCUUGUUUGUCUUCUAUCAGAGUUUGAUCUGUGACAUCAUGACUGUUUGCGGCUUAUGAGGUCAGCUUUUUGUUUUUUUGUACUUAUCAAGUCAGUGCUGAAUUAAAAGGCACAUUUUUGCCAAGAUCGAAAAAGAAGUACUUGUUUGUGUGCACAGAGAUAUGCCUGCAUCAACGGGACAAUGAAAUGUUUUCACAAGUUCACAAGUUUCAUCGCAUUUUACUCUCCAAAAGUCUGUAGACUGUAUUUUUCUACCGGGAAAAUAACAGCAUGCAUUGCAUUGCAUUGCAUGGGUGUGUUUCCUCAUGUCAAUCCCUUUUUUCAAGAUGUUAUACAAACCCCAAUAGGCCAAUAGGCAAGGAUGUCCCUGAAAAAGACUUUGCUUGGAUGGCAGCAUAUGCUACUUCAAAACCACUAUGCGGCUUUCAGCAUUAAUGGCGCCUUCACAGAUGUGUAAUUUAACCUGGUCACCUGGUGGAAUAUUCCAAACAUUUUUUGGAGCAUUCCAACUUUCCCAGUCUUUUGUUGCCCCUGUCCCAUAGAAUAUUUGCAACAACAACAACAACAACAACAAAAACCUUGAUCAGUUUGAACAUGAAAUAUCUUGUCUUUGUAGCGCAUUCCAUUGAAUAUAGCUUGAAAAUCA